UGUCCGCAGUGGGCCACAAGAAGAGUGAAUCAGCUUCCUCUUGCUUCAGCGGAAGGGUUUGGCAUACAGUCAUGAACACUUCACUUGUGACCCAGAUUCCUUUGGAGGGAGUCCUUUGGAGAACAUAGAUGUACAUAUACUGUAGUCAGAGUUCUGGCAACAGCCAAAUGCCUCUUAGCUUUCUAAAACGAACUUUUCCAACAACAAUGAUUUCCGUGCUCUUCUGCAGUCUCUGUAUGCUACUUUUAAGGAGUUCAAAAUGCAUGAGCAGAUCGAAAAUGAGUACAUUAUUGGUUUGCUUCAACAACGCAGCCAGACCAUUUAUAAUGUACAUUCUGACAAUAAACUCUCUGAGAUGCUUAGUCUCUUUGAAAAGGGACUGAAGAAUGUUAAGAAUGAAUGUGAGCAGUUAAAUUAUGCAAAACAGCUGAAAGAGAGAUUGGAGGCUUUUACAAGAGAUUUUCUUCCUCACAUGAAAGAGGAAGAGGAGGUUUUUCAGCCAAUGUUAAUGGAAUACUUUACCUAUGAAGAGCUUAAGGAUAUUAAGAAGAAAGUGAUUGCACAACACUGCUCUCAGAAGGACACCGCAGAACUCCUUAGAGGUCUUAGCCUGUGGAAUCAAGCUGAGGAGCGACAGAAGUUUUUUAAAUAUUCUGUGGAUGAAAAGUCAGAUAAAGAAGCGGAAGUGUCAGAACAAGCCACAGGUAUAACCCAUCUUCCUCCUGAGGUAAUGCUGUCAAUUUUCAGUUAUCUUAAUCCUCAAGAAUUGUGUCGAUGCAGUCAAGUAAGCACUAAAUGGUCUCAGCUCGCAAAAACUGGAUCGCUUUGGAAACAUCUUUACCCUGUUCAUUGGGCUAGAGGUGACUGGUAUAGUGGUCCAGCAACUGAACUUGAUACUGAACCUGAUGAGGAAUGGGUGAAAAAUAGAAAAGAUGAAAGUCGUGCUUUUCAGGAGUGGGAUGAAGAUGCUGAUAUAGAUGAAUCUGAAGAGUCUGCAGAGGAAUCAAUUGCUAUCAGCAUUGCGCAAAUGGAAAAACGUUUACUUCAUGGCUUAAUUCAUAAUGUUCUACCAUAUGUCGGAACUUCAGUAAAAACUAUAGUAUUAGCAUACAGCUCUGCAGUUUCCAGCAAAAUGGUUAGGCAGAUUUUAGAACUUUGUCCUAACUUGGAGCAUCUGGAUCUGACCCAGACUGACAUUUCAGAUUCUGCAUUUGACAGUUGGUCUUGGCUUGGUUGCUGCCAGAGUCUUCGGCAUCUUGAUCUGUCUGGAUGUGAAAAAAUCACAGAUGUGGCUCUAGAGAAGAUUUCUAGAGCCCUCGGAAUUCUGACAUCUCAUCAGAGUGGCCUUUUAAAAACUACGAGCAAAAUUACUUCGACUACAUGGAAAAAUAAAGACAUUACCAUGCAGUCCACCAAGCAAUACACUUGUUUGCACGAUUUAACUAACAAAGGUAUUGGAGAAGAGAUGGAUAAUGAACACCCCUGGACUAAGACCGUUUCUUCUGACAGUUUCACUUCUCCAUAUGUGUGGAUGUUAGAUGCUGAAGAUUUGGCUGAUAUUGAAGAUGCUGUAGAAUGGAGACAUAGAAAUGUUGAAAGUCUUUGUGUAAUGGAAACAGCAUCCAACUUUAGUUGUUCCUCCUCUGGUUGUUACAGUAAAGAUAUUGUUGGAUUAAGGACUAGUGUCUGUUGGCAGCAGCAUUGUGCUUCUCCAGCCUUUGCAUAUUGUGGUCAUUCAUUUUGUUGUACAGGAACAGCUCUAAGAACUAUGUCAGCACUCCCAGAGUCUUCUACAUUGUGUAAAAAAGCAACAAGGACUAGAUUGCUUAGAGGACAAGACUUAAUUUACUCUGGGAGUGAAAAAUCUGAUCAAGAGACUGGACGUGUACUUCUGUUUCUCAGUCUGUCUGGAUGUUAUCAGAUCACAGACCAUGGUCUCAGGGUUUUGACUCUGGGAGGAGGGCUGCCUUAUUUGGAGCACCUUAAUCUCUCUGGUUGUCUUACUGUAACUGGUGCAGGCCUGCAGGAUUUGGUUUCAGCAUGUCCUUCUCUAAAUGAUGAAUACUUUUACUACUGUGACAACAUUAACGGUCCUCAUGCUGAUACCGCCAGCGGAUGCCAGAAUUUGCAGUGUGGUUUUCGAGCCUGCUGCCGCUCUGGCGAAUGACCCUUGACUCCUGACCUUUGUCUACUUCAUUUAGCUGAGCAGGCUUCCUUUCAUGCACUUUACUUACAGCACAUUUCUUGUGUUAACCAUCCCUUUUUGAGUGUGACUUGUUUGGGCCCCAUUUCUUCAGUCUCAGAAAUCUUAAUUUACCAGUCAAUUGUACAGUGUUGUUUCUCUUGCAAAUCAUAUUUUUGUUUUAGAAAGGGGUUAGAUCUUUCCGUAAGGGUGAGAACAGUUUUAUCGGUUUUCUUUUAAAUGGAAUGCUUUGAAAAGAAUGUCACUAAUGCCAUGCAAUUUAAAGUAUUUUUUAGAUUAAUUUGAGUUUUAAAGUCAGUGGGGUUAUUGAUUCUCCUUAUAUAUAAACACUGUACCAAGCUUUGCAGAUCUUUUCAAACAUACAUUUUUGAAGUUUUAUUUUCAAAGAUUGCACAUUUUGAAAAACAGUCUUUUUUCCAUGUUUCCUUUGUUUGAGCAAUUCUCAGAGGGCCAAUUCAAACAUACCCACAUACAAGAGUCUUUAGGAUAAUAGAAUAAAUUGGCUUCUUGGUGUUAGCUCAGUGAGCUAGCAAAGUACCAAUGUAUUUGUAUUUGCUUUCUUCAAAUACUCCUGAUUCCUACCACUGUCCCUAAAUUGUCAAAUUUGGGAGGGAUUUUUAAAAAUUCCACAAUCAUUUGAAGAUAUGUAUCAAUAAAAUUUACUUUGAGGACUUUA